CUGGCGGCAAACGAGCUCUUCUCCAUCUCGCGCAAGCACUCCAUCCUGGUCCCGACGACCCCCUCCUCCUCGUCGCAUAACCAGCCCUUCUACCUCUCGCACCGCUCCACCCUCACCCCGCCCGCCCCUUCCGCCGCCGCCGCCGCCGCCUCGCCCUCGACCCUGCGCAAGAUGCCCUCCUCAGCAAGCUCCGCGAAUCGCCCGCGGGCGGCCUCGCAGAACACAAUGCACCAGCAGGCCGCGGCACAGAACCAACCACCAAUCCCCAUCUCCAUAACCAUCUGCGGCGACGGCGGCUGCGGCAAGAGCUCCAUCACCCUGCGACUGGUGCGGUCGCAGUGGACGUCCGAGUACGACCCCACCAUCGAGGACAGCUACAGCAUCACCCGCCGCAUCGACGGCGCCAUCUACCACCUGCACCUGACCGACACGGCCGGCCAGGAGGAGUACCGCGGCAUGUGGGCCACCUCCAACCUGGGCGCCGACGCCUUCCUGAUGGUCUACGACAUCACCGUCAAGGACUCGCUCGACUCGCUGGGCUACUUCAACGACCUGAUCGACAUGGAGGCCGAGACGCGCAUGGACAACGCCCAGCGCGCCCGCAAGGCCGGCGUCAGCCCCACCGCCGAGUACGGCAGCAGCUCGUCCGCCAAGACCGUCGCGCCCGUCAAGAUCGUCGCCGGCAACAAGUGCGACCUGCAGGAGAGCCGGCAGGUCAGCGCCGCCACGGGCCUGGACUGGGCCCGCCGCCGGGGUUGCGGCUUCAUGGAGACCAGCGCCCGCCUCGAGGUCAACAUCGAGGAGACCUUUGCCCUCAUCGUCCGCAGGGUCGUCGAGGCCCGCCGCCUGGCCGAGAUGGGCGUCUCCGGCGCCAGUGGGGCCGCCGCCGGUGGCCAGCUUGACAGGCGAGGUGCCACCAAGCCCCUGAGCCCACUGCCGAGGAGCGACGGAGUCAGCGAGAAGCCCGACGACCGGGACACGGCGGACGGGGAUGAUAGGAGGGCAGGCGGUGGGUUCUGGAGGAAGCUGAGGUGUUGGUGA